AAAAGGUCAAGUGAGUGUUUGAGUAAACACAGAAAAUAAGUUACUGCUAGAUGUGGUUCACAACUAUACCGACCAUCAACUUUGAGGUGUAAUCAGCAUAAGGAAGGCGUUUUAACGUGUGGAAAAAAAGGACACAAACGCGCCUGGAAAUGAGAAACGAGGUGCACCUCGCCGUUGCUUCUGCAAGCCACCGGCGGGCGGCGCUCUCCUCCUUCCGAGCCAGCGCUGGGACAGACCCCGGGAGCGCAGCGUGGCCGCACAUGACAGAGGGCUGAAUGAACUUUAAAUCUGCCUCCCAACUUUCAGCCUGUCUCCUCCUGUCGGUCUCCCCCACCCCAGCGCAACCCCCUCUUUCUCUCCCUCCUCCGCUGCACCGCAGGUGAAAACCCAGAGGCAGAUCUCAGCCAUGGAUUUACUGCGAUCACGAUCCGAGUGCUGAACCGUCACAUCUUUCCAUUCGUCCAGAUUUCCAGGCGGUUUCGCGGAUGAUCAUUAGCACCGUGAGGCGAGAUGAUGGCUUCAAUAGGGGAGUUCGACCCUCUGAACACCAGAGUUCCUGCAACUAAAAUAGAAGUUACAGUAUCCUGCAGGAGUCUGCUGGAUGUAGAUACGUUCUCCAAGUCAGAUCCUGUGGUUGUUUUAUAUGUGCAGGGUGUGGGAACCAAAGAGUGGAGAGAGUUUGGCAGGACAGAGGUAAUCGAAAACACCCGAAAUCCAGAUUUUGUCCGAAAGUUUGUGCUGGAUUUCUUCUUUGAAGAGAAGCAGAACCUAAGGUUUGAUGUGUACAAUGUGGAUUCUAGAAGCUGUAACAUAUCUAAACACAAGGACUUUUUGGGCCAGACGUUCUGUACACUUGGAGAAAUAAUUGGCUCAACAGGAGGACGGCUGGAAAAGACCCUAUCUGGGAUACCAGGGAAGAAGUGUGGAGUCAUAAUCUUGACUGCAGAGGAGCUCAGUAACUGCAGGGAUAUUGCUACAAUGCAGUUGUGUGCCAACAAGCUGGAUAAGAAAGACUUUUUUGGAAAGUCUGACCCCUUCCUGGUUUUUUACCGCAGUAAUGAGGACGGAACGUUCACCAUCUGCCACAAGACGGAGGUGAUAAAGAAUACUCUGAACCCAGUGUGGCAGCCCUUCACCAUACCUGUUAGAGCUCUCUGCAACGGUGACUAUGACAGGACUGUGAAAGUAGACGUGUACGACUGGGAUCGAGAUGGAAGUCAUGACUUCAUUGGAGAGUUCACCACAAGCUACAGAGAACUGUCUCGGGGGCAGAAUCAAUUCAAUGUCUAUGAGGUUUUACAUCCCAAGAAGAAAGGAAAAAAGAAGAAAUACAUUAACUCUGGGACUGUAACUCUGCUGUCCUUCAAAGUGGAGUCGGAGUAUACCUUCGUGGAUUUCAUCCGCGGAGGGACACAACUGAACUUCACAGUAGCUAUUGACUUUACAGCGUCUAAUGGUAAUCCAUCCCAGCCCACCUCCCUUCACUAUAUGAGUCCCUACCAGAUGAAUGCAUAUGCCAUGGCCCUAAAAGCGGUGGGGGAGAUUAUUCAGGACUACGACAGUGACAAGCUCUUUCCUGCUUAUGGUUUUGGAGCUAAAAUGCCCCCUGAUGGCAAAAUCUCCCACGCUUUCCCUCUGAAUGGCGACAGUGAUCAUCCAAACUGUGUGGGCAUAGAGGGAGUUCUGGAGGCGUAUUUCCAGAGCCUGAGGACAGUCCAGCUGUAUGGACCCACUAACUUUGCACCAGUUAUCAACAAAGUAGCAAACUGUGCCGCAGAGAUUACAGAUGGCUCUCAGUACUUUGUCCUGUUGAUGAUCACAGAUGGAGUGAUAUCUGACAUGGUCCAGACCAAAGAGGCUGUGGUCAACGCAGCAUCACUUCCUCUGUCUAUCAUUAUUGUUGGUGUUGGACCUGCUGAGUUUGAUGCAAUGGAGGAGCUUGAUGGAGACGAGGUGAGAGUAUCCUCCAGAGGACGUCUUGCUGAGAGAGACAUUGUUCAGUUUGUUCCAUUCAGAGACUACAUUGACAAAUCCGGCAACCAGGUCCUCAGCAUGGCCCGACUGGCUAAAGAUGUUCUCGCUGAGAUCCCCGACCAGCUGCUGUCAUUCAUGAAGAGCCGAGGAAUCGAACCGCUACCAGCCCUCUCCUCCUCCCCCCUGCCGGAGCUGCACCGGCACAUUUGACCAGCACAGUCCCUACCCCACACUCCCCCAUCCCCAACAUAUUCUCCAUCUCUCUGUGUCUCCCUUUCUUCCUUCUUAGACUUCUCAUUGCUAACGUAUCUUACAUUUCUUUGCCACUUUAAAAAGAAGGAAGGAUCAUCCUACUGCUUGCCCUUCUUGCUCUCUUAUCCAGACUGAGUCUAAACUGACACAUCCCAUCUUCGCAGCGUGCAUUCAUCCACGACUCACCUGCUGCUGUAACUCAUCUGUCCCUCUUCCUCCUUUUACUUUUCAAUUACAUUACUAUAGAGCAGUGAGACUGACCCCUUACUCCAACCUUCUUGAGUUGACAUUCAGAACUGGAUGUUUAGUAUUUGCUUUACCACUCCCAUCAUCAGGUCUUUAUCAGACACCUCCAAUGCAGAAGGUUUAUCCAAUUAUCCACAACCAGUUUGUCUCAUUUUGCCCAAUUAGGUGCCCAAUUUGGUAUUUAAUUGAAGCUAAAUCAAUUUCAGGCCCUUGAUGAGCUAUAAGGUGUCUUGUAACAUCCUCUGGCAUUAAGGAGUUUUAACACUAAUUCACUAUAGUCAGUUCUCACCUUACAGAGUGAUUUAUCCUCCUGAGCAAUUUUAGUCUGAAACAACCUAAGCUGUUUUUGUGAAGGUUGCAGACGAGUGCCGGCAGAUCCAGUGCAAGGGUCGGGUCAGAUGUUGCAUCAGCCGCAAACUCACACACACACACAAACACACACGCCUCUGUCUGCGACGCCACACCCACCCUCUCUUUGCCCAGCGUGGGCUGAGGCUGGGUGCAGAUUCCCCCCCUGCUGUUAGAGAAAUGCCAGUCUCUCCAGCUGUCCUGCGGAGAGGAGGAGGAGGAGGAGAAGGAAGGAAGGAAGGAAGGAAGGAACGAAAAGAGCCAGGGGGAGUAAAGAAAAAGGAAGGCAAGAGAGGAAGCAGAGGGGAAAGAGAAAGGAGACAAGGCGCAGGUAUGCUCAAGGACAUAAUGAUGAAGAAACGAAGAAGUGUUUAGGAGAUUUGUUUAGUUUGAUGUCAAAAGAGAAAGGGAACCAGAUAAAUUCAGGUGGCAGCAUUCAGCAAAGGCUGCAGCUCAGUGCUGUCCCUACAUUAGUUUGAAAAGUAUGCAUAUUCAGAUCAAAAUAAUGCUAAUCUAGGAUCAAUGCACAUUCUAUGAAGAGCAAUACGACUGACUCCUAGCGUAGUGUUUGCCUUAUGCAUGUACCGUCCUACUCUUUAUUACUUUACAUUUUAGUUGCAGAGUGGAACUGCUUUCAAAGUGGGAAAAGGCUGCCACCUAGUGCUCACCCUUUGUGUAGCUGGACGUCUAUAUUAUGCAUGACUGCUGUACAGCCCUAUUCUAUCUGAAACAGUAUGUGUGCAUGAACACAUCCAGCCAAAUUUGACAUGUGACAAUGACUGGGAAUGGCAUAGAAUUUACAGACCUAGAAAUGCAAAUGUCUGUGUAAAAUCUGUUAAUGUCAUGUCUGACUACAGUGGUCUAGAGAAGUCUUCAAUGUGCGCUUUGUAAAUAUGUGGACUUUAUAAAGUUAUUUGUUUCAUGAUAUUUCUUUUUGCAUGUUGGGGAAAAAUGCAUAAAAGUAUACCAGUAAAUAGUGCCCCCUUAAAAAAACAAAAGCAAAUAUAAAUGGAUUUUCUUUCUGAGUCUUUGAAAACUUUCAUGUGCAGAUUUAAUAGCUGACUCGUCUGCUUUGCAGAAUCCCAUGAAAUGAUAUGUAUUUUAUUUUUUAUAUCUUGAAGGGUUAUAAAACUAAACUGUGUGGAUUCUUCUAAACGCCAAUGAAUUUAGAAGAUGCUUCAAGCUCUGCUGGGAUUUCUGUCUCUUUGUGUAAAUUGUCAAAAAAUGAAGAUGUGAUGUUUAUUUGUAUAUACAAGUAUGUGAUAAGAAAUGUUUUCACUCAUUUGCUUAAAUACGACAUCUGAAACCUUUCUGCAUCAGUCCUUUGCAGAAUUAUUCACUCCUUUUGAAAUGUUUAACAAUAUGUCACCUUACAACGACAAACAUUUAUUGGGAUUUUAUGUUAUGGACCAACACAAAGUAGCAAACAAUUAUGCAGUUGAAGUAUAAUUUUCCAAAUUUCAAAGAGGAAUCAUAAAAGUAAAAAAAGUCUUAAGUCAACAUGUUGAAGAACCGUCUUUGAAUUACAGAGGCUAGACUUUUGGGAUGUUUUGCUGUCAUAGAUAGUUGCAUUUAAAUUGGGUCUUAUCUUACCUGGGAAACUUCUUCCACAUGUUUGCUGUUUCCCCUUUUGGCAAACCAAAAACAGGACGUAUUCAGAUUUUCUUCUUGCCACUCAUAUAAAGACAUCUGAAGGCUUUGUGCUAGAUUUUAUUUAGGGUUAUCAGAGUAAAGGGUGGGGUGUACAAAUUUUUCCGAUUUUCAUUUUUGAAAAAUGUUGAAAAUCGUGCAUCAUUGUCCUUCCACUUCAGCUUUACACUUCUUGUGUUGGUCUGUAAAAUAAUAUUCUAAAAAACACAUUGAAGUCUGCAGUUAAAAAGUGACAAAAUGUGGUUCUAAAGGGAUAUAAAUAUGAUUUUACCAAUCACUGUACAAUGUAUGUUAAGAUGUUAUGAAGAAUGUCCGAUAAGAAGAAUGUAGAGAUUAGGAAAAACUGUUUUGACAAAUAUCUUGCUGUGUUUUAAUAUCAGAUUUGUGUGUGCUCUUAUUUCCUAAAAUUGACAUAAAACAACAUAACCUAAAUAUUUUAUGUUGUACUCGUUGAUUUUAAUACACUGCACACAGUGCUUUAUGUGUAUUUGAGAUUAAAGAGCAUAUAUAUAUAA